GCGUACCCGCGCAUAUUUAAAUAACAAGAGGUUCUCUUUAAAGCAGACGCAGCGGUUUCUCUUCUUGGGUUGCAGAGAUCCUUGUGGAAUUCUCGUCUGAAGUCAAGUAGUCUUUUAUAAUAACGACUUGGUUAUAAAGAGCAUCAGCCUUCAGCCUUGAGUUUCGAUGGAGACUAUGGAGGGAAGGGUGAAUACAUUUUUAAAUGAAAUUGAAAGAGAAGUCACCAGACAAGACUUUGAAAAUUCUUGGAAGAAAAUCCUUAAUGGCAGUGCUGCUGUGACUUUCCUAGCUGUGGUUUUUGGCAUUCUAGGCAAUGGAGCUGUGAUUUGGUUGAUCAUCUUCAAGAUGAAGAGGUCCCACGUCAAUAUAUGGUUUCUGAACCUGGCAAUCUCAGACUUUCUGAUUUUGUUCUUUCAGACCUUCCAGGCGGUUAGUUAUGUCCUAAAAUACUGGCCGUUUGGUGUAUCAUUCUGCAAGCUGACCUUGUAUGUAUCAACCAUCAAUAUCUGUGUCAGUUCUUUCACAUUGUUAGGUAUCAACAUUGACAGGGGUAUCUCAUUGACAAAUCCUUUCUGGGUCCAGAAACACAGACCAAAGAACUGUUCCAAGAUCUGCUGCUUCAUUCUUUGGAUUUUAUUCAUUCUAGCCGGCAUUCCCAUUUUCUUCAUGUGCAUCUCUCCCAAGACUGAACCCGGCAUCUACGAGUCCUUUUGUGGCCUCAACGUUAAUUCUAAUUUGAAAAUUUUCAAUGAGAAAUGUCAACAAGCAAACAAUGAGACACAAUACAGAGUUAUGGAGAUGCUCCAUCCACCGAAUCUGCAGGAGUUUAACUCUACGGCAAGUCGUGUCUACACCGUCUACACCACCAUCUCGGUGUUCUCAUUCAUUCUUCCCCUGAUUAUGACCAUCAUCAGCAACCUGAUGAUAUUUAUCUCAAUGAAAGAGUCUCUUACUAAAAAAUCCUCAAGGAUCUACAGAAUUCUUGUGUCUUCUGUGGCGGUGUUUUUCAUCACCAUGUCGCCCUUGUAUUUAAAUGCCAUGGUCUAUAUGGCUUCCAUAUACACUCUCAACAGUAAGUUGUAUGGCUCCACUGUGCUGGCGAUGCCACUAGUCGCUAGUUUCAAACAUCUGAACAGCUGCAUUAGUCCUAUAUUAUAUUUUCUCGUUGGAAAGGAAGCUAAAGGUAUUAUCAGAGAAUCCAUCAGUUUAAUGAAAUCUUCAGGAACUCAGAGCAAAUCAUCCGAGUGACCAAAGAGCCAGUGACAUAUUCAAACCAGAUGACGUGAUUUCAUUCUUUCACUAUAUUAGCUGGACAAGGAAAUAUAAAAAAAUGCAGUGUCCUUAACAAUAAUUUCUUUAUUUCUGUCAUUUAA